CAUGGCCCCCGCGGGCGUGUCCACGUGGCGUUCCCGCGCCCACGUCAGCACACACCUCGAUCGUCUCGUGCCGAAACAGGGCGUUCCACCGGUCGAGUCUUAGUUCGAGCUAUCUUUCAGUGAGCCUCCGAGAGCGUGCGGCGUCAAGACCACCAGUCCCCCAGACUUCCGCUGGCCCGUCGUGCCAGCAAGCAUGAAGGCCCUUGCCACCGUGCAGACCGCCGCCAUGGUUGCUCGCCGCCGACGUGUGCGCGGGUGCCGUACCCCGCGUGCGGUUCCACUGCUGCUGGCGGUGGCGAGCGCAGCUGUGGCGGCGGUGCAGGGCGGCGGGCCUGCUGCCUUUUGCGGCCUGGGCGCGGCAUGGGGCGGCCGCUGGCAGGUGUCAGAGAGCAGCGGCAGCAGGAGUCUGGUGGCCCGCAGGCAGAGACAGCAGGCGGAGCUGCUGCGCAACAGGUGCGCGGAGAAGGGGUUGCUGCAGAGCGGCAGCGAGAGAGACUUGAUGUUGCGGCUCCAGGUGUGCCCUGGAUCCGUGCGGCGGGCGGCACCGCUGCGGCCACCCACAAGGCAGCCCCCGGCGCCCGCCGCCCCCGCGGCGAGCCCGCCCCCGGCCGCCCCGCGCGCGGAGGGCCCGCGCGGAUGAAAAACGGCGUUGUUGGCUCGGUGUCCAUGCCGACCCAGGGGUCGGUUGCGCCGCAGGCGCACACGACUGCGGGCACCGCUAAGUAUGCGCCGCCGUCAUUUCCUGUCGUCCAGGGGGUGACACCCGACUUCUUCAAGCUUCCCGAGGGCUCCCUGCCGCGGCGCAUCUGGCAGUGCGAGAGCUCCUGGGCAGGAAACCACUACGAGGCCCGGGGAUGGCGCAGCAGCAAGGGGUUCACUUACGUGGCCAACGUCUUGGACGGCAUCACAUACCUUGCUACGUCCAUGGACGAAAGCAUCGACGCUCCUCCGAGAUCCGACUGCAGGGAGGUGUUCGAGCAGGACAUGUCUGCGAGCCAGUACGCCGAACUGGUCGCCACCCUGCUGCAGGUGGAGGAGGACGAGUCCAAGGCACAGCGCUGGCGGCGUGAGCCCAGCAUGGUCAUGCCUCACGGGGGCUACAGCUUCAGUCUCUUCCCGAGGUUCCGCUAUCGUGGCCUGACGACCGAGCCGCUGGACGGUGCUGAAGGCGUGCCCGAGCCGCACGUGGCGGUCACGGUCGUGCACGAGGCGGUGCCUCCAGCGGAGUUCAACUUGGGCCGCCUGCCCGCCACCAGGGAGAUGUGCGACAAGCUCGUGGGCCUGAAAGUCUUCCCCGCCCCCACAGAGAAGGGCGAGACAGGGGAGAGGUGGGAGAUAUGCGAGGUGGAGGAAGGGGACAAGAUCGCGCUGGACGAGGACCUCCGGCAGCAGUUCUUGGGCUACAAGCUCACCGAGAAGAGCCGGGAGUCUUGGCAACGCGCUCCCCCUGGCAUGCUCGUCCUUCCCGUGUCCAGGAACUGCCGCGACGAGGAAGAGUUUCGCCUGACAUACCUCGCUUCGGACCUGCGGCCCGGGGUGUCCGAACGCAACCAGGAGAGGCUGAAGGGGUUGCCGGGCUGGGAGCGGUGGGAGCCUUUUGCCAUCAACAGCCCUGAGGUGCGGCAGAUCUCCUCGCCCCAUGAGCGGCGCAACCGCGUCCUGGAGCAGCUCGAGAGCAUGCAGGCCCAGUUCGGAUGGCUUCAGCCGUUCGGGCAGGUGUCCCAGGCGAAUCCUGGCAACGUGCUGUUCGGGAAGCUCCAGGUCCCCGCCGGCGUCUUCGGCGAGGGUCAGACAGUCAGCCCCCCGUCGGGAACAAAGAUCAUCACGACGCUCCAGAAGAGUGGCCCGUUCCGCCUGGUGGUCGGCCCGGCGGGGCCGCCGCGGCUGCGCGCCAUCCUGAUCGGCAGCCCGAGCCCGAAGGAGCGCCAGCGGGCCAGUGAGAUCCUGGCCCAGGCACGCGAAGCGCUCUCGGACAUGAAACUGGAGACGGAGUACAAAGUUGGCGACGACGAGGUCGUGGAGUGGAGCGACCUCGACUCCCUCUCCGGAGCCCUGGCCAUGGCAGGCGUGGGGCAGAACGACGCUGUGAUACUGUUCGGGUCGGGCUCACUGCAAGCCAGGGAGUCCGCGGUCCGCGAGCGCAUGAAGCAGGAGUGCCUGGACUGGGGGCCCGACGACUCCCGCCACCUGGCCAGCCAGUGGGCUUCCAUCCGCAACUUGGCCGCCUGGGGGAACGACAAUAAGGCCAAAUACUCCCUGAUGAACGUCUGCAUGGGGCUGCUCGCCAAGCUCGGCCACGCGCCCUUCGGCAUCGACGUCUCGGGCUGGCGCUCGGGGCAGGGCGGGCAGCGGGGCAUGGUCGUCGCGGGCUACGAUGUCUGCCACCUGGCCCACAAGGCCGUCCACGUCGCCGUCGGGCAGCGCGUCGAGACCGAGGAUGCAAGCAAAUCCGUGGCGAGCAGGAUCAUUGCCAACGUCAAGCGCAUCGACGGAGAGACUGUGGACGCGGAGAUGCUGCGGAAGAUUGUGCCGCUGGAGGUCGCGAGUGGCAAAGUGGUCUUCGUCCACAGGGAUGGUCGCCUGCCGACCGACGAGGUGGCGAGCUGGCAGAAGUACUACGAGGAAGAGCUGAAGGCCACGGGGGCCACUCUGCUGCUGAUCGAGAUCGUGAAGCUCGUGGGCGGAGUGCCGAGGAUGUACACAAGCAGCCCCAGGGGCGUUCGGAAUGUUGACGAGGGAACCUUCGUGCAGUGGUCGGACAGCAAUGCCUACAUUGCCACGACGUCGGGAAGCCAAUCGGGGUCCGGAACCGUGAACCCGCUCAACAUCCACUUGCGAAUGACAUUGGGCGAGGCGCCAGACGUCGCUCGCAAUGCUUGGAUCCGCAGCAUCUUCGAUCUCAGCUACCUGCAUCACGGCUCCGUCUUCAAGGCGCCGAAAUUGCCGAUGACGACCUACUUCUCCGACCGGUUGGCGUACAUGGUGGCGAAGGGUGACAUCACGUGGGACGAGAAGGUGCUGAAGAGCCUGCGGAUGAUCCGGAUGCUGCGCUUUUCGCGCGCCACCAGGAUGCAGUUCGUCCCCAACGUCAUGAAGUUCGCCGUGCACCGCUUUCGCUCGGACCUCGUUUCGACGAUCUUCAGCCUGGGAAAGAUCGUCCUGCUGCUGGUCUGGAUCAACCACGUGAUCGCGUGCUGCUGGCACUACCAGGGCAGCGAAGACGGCUGGCUCGUGGACCCUGAGAACAACUUCGUGGGGAAGUCCUUGUCGUACCGGUACACUACCUCCUACCACUGGAGCCUCACGCAGUUCGGGGUCGGGGGCAUGGAGGUGCACCCGGUGAACACCGAGGAGCGCGUGUUUAACAUCGUGGUGCUGGUGUUCGCGUUCGUGGUUGCCGUCUACAUCGCCUCCAGCGUCACCACGCACCUGACCCGGGUGGCGGUGGCGACCUCGUCGGACUCGAACAACAUGAGAACGGUCACCGACUUCCUGUACGAGAACAAGAUCUCCCACGGCCUCAUCAUGCGCGUCCAGCGCAACGCGAAGCACGCGCUGCUGGAGCAGAGGAGGAUCCGCCCGAGCAUCGAGCUGCUGACCCUCCUCUCGGAGCCGCUGCGCCUCGAGCUGCACUUCGAGGCGCCGCCUUCUGGGAGGUGCGGCCACGUCGAGCGAAGCACCCCCCCCCCGCCAAGCAUGGGCGGCUGCGUCGGCGCGGCCCCGGGCGGCGGCGUGGAGCCCGCGGGCCCCGCCGCCGCCGGGGCGCCCGGGCAGGGGGUGCUCCUCGGGCAGGGCGGCGGGGCGAAGCCGACCGACGAGAGGCACCGGCAGAUGCUGCUGUCGAUGUCGCAGGCGCCGCUGCUCUACGUGCUCACCGCGAUGUCCAAGAGCCAGGCCGGCGACGUCCUGGAGGCGGGCUGCGUGCGCCUGUGCCAGCUGCAGGCCGACGGCGAGCAGGGCCUCCUCGCGGCGGGCGCGGUGGAGCUCGUGCUGCGCGCCAUGGAGCUGCACGGGGGCGCCCGGUGGCUGUCGCUGCACGAGGCGGCCCUGCGCUUCUUGGCGAACGCGGCCUCCAGCGCGGAGGGCCAGGCCAAGGUGGCUGGGGCCGGCGGCGGCAAGGCCGUGCUGAGGUCCAUGUCCAUCCCUGCCUUCCUGGAGGAGCCGAGGCUGCAGGAGGUGGGGUGCUGCGCUCUGCGCAACCUGGCCCACGCCCACUCCAGCGACGGCCGCAGCGGGCAGGUGGCGUUCCAGAUCGGCGUGGACGAGGGCGUCGAGGUGGUGGUCCAGGCCAUGAGGUCGAACGAGGAGCACCCCAGGGUCCAGGAGCGGGCCUGCGCUGCACUGCGGCUCCUGAUGCGCGACCAGGCCAACCAGGCCCGCGUCGUAGACAGCGAGGGCGUCGAGGCCAUGCUCCGCGCGGUGGCGCAGCACGCCGCGGACCCCGGGGUGGCCCAGGAGGUGUGCAGGGCCCUGGAGCUGCUGGCCACGCGCCACCCCGACAGCGUCGGCUUCCUGGUCGAGGCCCCGGCGUGCCCGAAGAGGUGGAACUUCGGAGCGAAGUGGAUCUUAGCGAGGUCGCAGUUCACCAGGAAAACGACGCAACUCUCGCGCAACACUUGGUACUCCGACACUGUCGGCUUAGACUUCGCGGAGUGGUAA